AUGAAAAGAGAGUUGAAGAGAGAGUUGAAGAGAGAGUUGAAGAGAGAGUUGAAGAGAGAGUUGAAGAGAGAAGAGUUGAGAGAGAGAGUUAAAGAGAGAGUUGAAGAGAGAGUUGAAGAGAGAGUUGAAGAGAGAGUUGAAGAGAGAGUUGAAGAGAGAGUUGAAGAGAGUUGA